AUGGCCACCGCCGCCGCCGCCGCCACCGCCGUGCUCACCGGCGCCACUACCGCUGCGCCCAAGGCGAGGCGCCGAGCCCACCUCCUGGCCGCCCGGCGCGCCCUCGCCGCGCCCAUCAGGUGCUCCGCGGCGUCACCCGCCACGCUGACGGCUCCCCUGGCCACCCCGCUCCGGCCGUGGGGCCCCACCGAGCCCCGCAAGGGCGCCGACAUCCUCGUCGAGGCCCUCGAGCGCUGCGGCGUCCGCGACGUCUUCGCCUACCCCGGCGGCGCGUCCAUGGAGAUCCACCAGGCACUCACCCGCUCCCCCCAAGGGGAGGCCUUCGCCGCCUCCGGCUUCGCGCGCUCCUCGGGCCGCGUCGGCGUCUGCGUCGCCACCUCCGGCCCCGGCGCCACCAACCUAGUCUCCGCGCUCGCCGAUGCGCUGCUCGACUCCGUCCCCAUGGUCGCCAUCACGGGACAGGUGCCGCGGCGCAUGAUUGGCACCGAUGCCUUCCAGGAGACGCCCAUCGUCGAGGUCACCCGCUCCAUCACCAAGCACAACUACCUGGUCCUCGACGUCGACGACAUCCCCCGCGUCGUGCAGGAGGCUUUCUUCCUCGCCUCCUCUGGUCGCCCGGGGCCGGUGCUUGUCGAUAUCCCCAAGGACAUCCAGCAGCAGAUGGCGGUGCCGGUCUGGGACACGCCCAUGAGUCUCCCUGGGUACAUUGCGCGCCUUCCCAAGCCUCCUGCGACCGAAUUGCUUGAGCAGGUGCUGCGUCUUGUUGGUGAAUCGAGGCGCCCUGUUCUUUAUGUUGGCGGUGGCUGCGCAGCAUCUGGUGAGGAGUUGCGCUGUUUUGUGGAGAUGACUGGAAUCCCAGUCACAACUACUCUUAUGGGCCUUGGCAACUUCCCCGGCGACGACCCACUGUCUCUGCGCAUGCUUGGUAUGCAUGGCACGGUGUAUGCAAAUUAUGCAGUGGAUAAGGCCGAUCUGUUGCUUGCAUUUGGUGUGCGGUUUGAUGAUCGUGUGACAGGGAAGAUUGAGGCUUUUGCAAGCAGGGCUAAGAUUGUGCACAUUGAUAUUGAUCCGGCUGAGAUUGGCAAGAACAAGCAGCCACAUGUGUCCAUCUGUGCAGAUGUUAAGCUUGCUUUGCAGGGCAUGAAUGCUCUUCUGGAAGGAAGCACAUCAAAGAAGAGCUUUGACUUUGGCUCAUGGCACGAUGAGUUGGACCAGCAGAAGAGAGAAUUCCCCCUUGGGUAUAAAACUUUUGAUGAGGAGAUCCAGCCACAAUAUGCUAUCCAGGUUCUUGAUGAGCUGACAAAAGGGGAGGCCAUCAUUGCCACAGGUGUUGGGCAGCACCAGAUGUGGGCGGCACAGUACUACACUUACAAGCGGCCAAGGCAGUGGUUGUCUUCGGGUGGUCUUGGGGCUAUGGGAUUUGGUUUGCCGGCUGCUGCUGGCGCUGCUGUGGCCAACCCAGGUGUCACUGUUGUUGACAUCGACGGAGAUGGUAGCUUCCUCAUGAACAUUCAGGAGCUAGCUAUGAUCCGAAUUGAGAACCUCCCAGUGAAGGCCUUUGUGCUAAACAACCAGCACCUGGGAAUGGUGGUGCAGUGGGAGGACAGGUUCUAUAAGGCCAACAGAGCACACACAUACUUGGGAAACCCAGAGAAUGAAAGUGAGAUAUAUCCAGAUUUCGUGACAAUUGCCAAAGGGUUCAACAUUCCAGCAGUCCGUGUGACAAAGAAGAGCGAAGUCCAUGCAGCAAUCAAGAAGAUGCUCGAGACUCCAGGGCCGUACCUCUUGGAUAUAAUCGUCCCGCACCAGGAGCAUGUGUUGCCUAUGAUCCCCAGUGGUGGUGCUUUCAAGGAUAUGAUCCUGGAUGGUGAUGGCAGGACUGUGUAUUGA